UCGUCUUAGGUGCGAUAGUGGCAUCCUCCAGUAGAUGGCAGUAGAGGAAGUUGUGUUUUUUUGGUCUUCCGCAGAGGACGCGGAACUACUGUGACUUGGCGUUUUGUUCUGUUUUCACAUUUGCUUUUGUAGCAGUUGAAGUUCAGUUGUCAUCAGCAACGAGGUGACCUAUUAGUGUAUUUUCUCGUACAUCAUCGGAUGCGUUUGUGAGUGCCAAGUUGUGUACUUGUAGAAUUGCCAUGAUGUCGUGCGAAGGAAAUGCAAUGUCAGAUGAAAGGAUCGGAGAAGCGCUGAUAAAGGAGGUGAUCGAGGAAGAGCUACGGGACGUGCCGUCAGAAGAUAUUCCUCCUCUCACCCCCCUGGCAGUGAAAGUGAAAAGUAUUGAGGAGCAGAAGAUGGUGACUCAGUUGGGUAAAAUGAUUCGCAUCAUUGGUGACCGGGUCAAAGAUGACAAGGAGUUCCAGGAUGCCAUUGAUGGUGUGGCGCGUGCCUCGGGAUCUAAGUGGGACAAAUUCAAGCAAGUGGCUGACAAAGUCUUUGAACAUGGCAUCACCUGGGAGAGGAUCGCUGUGCUCUUCUACGUGGCGGGAAAGUUGGCACUCAAGAUGAUGGAGGCUCGUCUCCCUCAGUCAGUCAGGGAGAUCCUAAGGUGGACGGUAGAGUUUUAUCGGAACAACCUACUGAGCUGGAUUAGGGAACAUGGAGGAUGGAUUUGCAGUUUUUCGGAGCUGGCAGCGGCGUCAGUGCAGAGAGUGGCGUUGCAGUCGCCUGGCUAUGGCCUGGUGGUGGUGUUCUGUGUGGGCGUGGCCGUGGGAAGUUUGGUCAUGUGGAGGCUGUGCAGACAUUCCUGACGAAUGCAACAAUCCUGGGUGUGACUGUACACAUCAUUGAAUAACAGCAACAGGAAUGAUGUCUCCAGUUCAGGUACUGUGCAGUACAGUAUGUCUUGUCAUGUGAUAAUACUAUUUAUUGACAGUAAAGUGCACUCGUCCCUCGUUUAUGUUGGUUAAUUGGUUCCUUACCCGACCAUGAAUUUCCACGACGCAGGAUUCAUUAUUUAUAAGUAGAAUAUUUUGGCAGUUAGAGCAUGGAAAAACUGUUUCUGACUUUCUAAACACACCUUUUAACAAUAUUAGAGCCCUGUGUCCAUGUAGUCCCCGUUACACUCCCAUUGCCUAAAAUGAUAAGCCAUAAUAACACAUGAUGCGCUACUGCUAGCUUUAUUUACACCACAUUGCACUGCUCUUAUGCACAGGCUAUGGGAUCACUGCAGCGACGUAAGUGACAGCUGGCGCUCAUAGCAUAUAGCAAGCUAACUAGUUAGCCUCCAGUUGAUCUAUUGUAAACUUAAGACAGGGUUUCAAACCAAGUGGGGAAGAAGGACGAAGUAAGACGCCAAUAACUAUUUUUCCACUAUAUCAUGUCGAACUCUUCAUCCAUGGCGGACUUCAUGUGCAAGGCAAGUUGAGUUAAGGUAAAGUCUCAUCACGUACUGUAGUGAGCAGAAUACUACAUACUUUAUGGCUUUUAUAUCUUUGACUAAUAAUAACUAGGUCAUAGGUCAUAGUCUACCACCAAACAGCCAUCAUUUAUUCAUUCAUUCUUUUCUGCAAAAACGUGAUAGUGAGGGAGCGAUGUAGAUGUACUUUAGAGUAGUCAGUGUACAUCCAGGUACUCUAAAGUACAUCCAAGUGUACUGUCUAUAGAAUUGUCCCAUGACAAGAUUGAAACGAAUUCAAUGAAAGAUGGUGUUUGAGUACUGUAGCCGUAAAAGGAAAAAUGUAACCCUCAUCAGUACUUUAGCAGUAAAACAACUUUAGCAAAAUUAAA